UGAGCGCCUUCAGCUAGAUGAGUCCACUAAAACAUAUGGUCAGCAUCCAAUGUCGAAAACCUACAGAGCUAUUUAGUUUGGGGAUUUAUUUACCGCUACAGUUGCUACUUCAUCCAUACAGAACACAUCCCCUGAGAAAUAGGGGGACGAAUAUUUUAGGGUUUGUUGCUUUUGUGACUGCUUUUGUAUGUCUAUCUCUUCCUCUUUACAUCCCAUAGAAAUGAAUGAGUUUUUGUCUCGUAUUGAUUGUUGGUCUGUUGGUAAUGGUCUCAUACUUAAUCAGUCUGAACGUCAAGCUGUUAACUUUAGCAUGAGACAUGAACGGAAUCUAAACACCAUUUUAAAAUCCCUUAAUGCUUGCACCAUCGGAGACUAUUUGAUAAACACAGUGUCAAAAGUCAAUUAUCUUUGUGUCACCUUUUCCUCUGAUCUGUCUCGAACUUCCCACAUUUUAUUGUUAUCAAAGAAGGUUUGUAACAGCAUAGGUUGGUUGGCUAGGAGUUGACCCCAAACAACCAAGCAUAUGCCAAAACAGUAUUGUUCAAGUAUUCAUUCAC